AUGAAGAUCGCUCUUUACUGGGCCUCUAUCGCCCUAUCAGUUCCACGGGCUCUAGCAGUCUCUACUGAAACCGUAGCGACGACUGCUACAUCCACUACCUCCACUGCCACUGCAGCAAGCUGUACAGCUUCCCUCGUCACCAGUCUCUGCGACUAUCCGGAACCCGGAUCAGAAUUUGCCGUCGCCAGCAGCGGCAAGGCCUUCUGCUGGGACUACUGUAACGCCCAUCCUCCAUGCAACUUUCUCAUAUUCUCUGCCGGCAACCCUACCACAGGCUCCGGCACUUGCUGGCUCUACCCAGGUGAAACUUUCAAUUCGAGCAAGGGUAGCUCGGAUUGUGCCAAUCCCAGCCUGUCCGUCUACGACAAGCCCGUGUGUGCCGGUGGAAGCACAACCACUACGUCUGGCGCCUGCACUGCCACCGCGAGCCCCUCUGCUAUUGCCUCAGUCUGCGGGUACCCGACGCCGCCUGAUAACUGCUUUGAUGAUUGCGUCGCUAGUUCAGGUGCAUCGGACUGCCUGAGUGAAUGUGCAAAUGCCGAUUCCUGCAGCUAUGUCGUCUUUAAUGCGGGGAAUGACAGCUACUCGCCAUAUGCAUCAGGUACUUGCUGGAUGUAUACAAAUGGCACAUUCAACGCCAAUUCUGCGACCACUUGUAGUGGCAGUCCUACGCAGUUUGUGUAUGAUAACUUGUGCCCCAAGCCAACACAUUCAUCUUCGUCCCUUUCAUCAUCUGCUACGGAACUUUCUAGUGGCAGUGGAACUGCAGGCAAUACUACGGGCUCGGCUACCACGAGUAGCGCUGCUACAGCCUCGCCUAGUACCAGCAAGAAUUCAGCGCCUGUUGGCCUCUCGGUCACUCAUCCAUUGGCCAUAGGCGUGGCUAUGUUAAUAUGGCAGGCCCUUCAGUGA